AAUGAAUCUUGGGUAAAAGAUAUUUUUUUUAUUUCGUACAGUGUUGUGACUUGAAAUUAAAGAUACUGCGACAAUAUAAUUUGACGAAGUGGAAAAUAUUGCUAAUUUAGAUAACAGCCAUGGAAAACCAAUUUAAAAUGUCCAAAACUGAUGUUGACAAAAUGAGAGACAAAAUUGAACGAGUUCAUUCUAUGGACAACAUAUCAAAAAGUAAUAUGGCAGACUCCCUUGCAGAUUCACUAAUCUUCACGAGUACAGAUGAAAUUAAUGUUACAAAAUUGAAACUGAAUAUACAAAUCUUGGAGAACACCAUCGAGUCUUUAAAAGACAUGAUUUGUCAAGAAAAGAACAAAUAUGAACUGCACAAGAGGGAAGGAAUUAAGAUCUUGUCAGAUUUUAAAGCAAAUGCUUUGAAUAAUUCCAAUGAGAUCAAUAGAUUAAAAUGUGAAAUUCUACGUUUGGUUAAGACUGUUGAAGAACAAAGGACGCAAAUACUUGAACUGAGAGAUUCAUGCGCCACGGAAUCUCUCAAUUACGGGAACCUAGUCUUAGAAAAGAUGAACUUGAAAAAGAAAUAUAAUUUGCUACACGAGGAAUUGGGUAGAAACAAGGGAGAGCUAUACCAACGGAAUGAAGAGAUAGACGCAUUAAACGACAUAAUUGCACACUUGAAGACGAAGCUAGACGCUUGCGAACAGGAACUUGUUAAUAAAAAUGAAAUAAUUUUAAACAUUGCUCAAGACAGGUUGGUUAAAGUGAUUGGGAGUGUAAGUAAGGAGUUGUUGGACGAACAGAAGGAGAAGGAACGCUGUAUGAAGGAGUUGGAGGAGAGAGAACUUGAAGUGGAGAGUUUGAAGAAGAAGUUGGGCGCGGUCGAGCGUUAUGGAGAAGCUGUGGAGAAUUUGAUGAAGGAGAACGAAGCGUUGGUAAAGACAGGCGCAAUAACCAUGUCCUCCAUUGAAAAAAUACGUACUUACCCUCAAUGUAAUACGUCAGCCUCCACGGAGUCACCCAUAUACAGCCAGAGGAUCAUAUCUGCUUUACAAAAAAUCAUCAUAGAUAAGGAUAGAGUCAUCAGAGAACUGCAAAGUGAGAUCGCGUCGCUGAAACCAUUGUCGACAGAAACGAACGAUGAACUACUAGAACUCACAGAAGAAAUGCAGGUUUCUAUUAAAAAUAUUAAUCAAGUGUUUGAUCGACUGAAUAAAGUUGUUCAUCAGGUUGAUGAAAAUAAUAAUGAGGACGAUUCUUCAGAAAAAGAGUUCUAAUGGUUCUAACUUUUAACUCGACGUCGAUCGAGAUAAUCUGACAUUUAUGAGCAACUGGCUUGCUGAGAACACAGACAUUUAAUUUGAAUCACUAGUAAAUAUUAUAAAGUUAGAAUCUUUAAGUAGAUAUGUAAAAAUUGACUGAACUGGUAUUAAUUUUUAGCUCUGAUCAAAUAAUUUUAUGUAUUAAAUGUAUUCAUUAUUGUAACAAAA